CUGCUUCCAGGCUGCUGUACUAUCACAGAGACGGUGGGUGGGAGCCGCUGUCCGCCGAUGUCCGCCGCUGCUGCUGCUGGAAUAUGAUGGGAACAGGAAGUGAACGUCACUGACACAGGAAUGGGACUGAAAAAAGGAAAACACCACCAGGAUGAGGAGAAUGUCAAGCUCCUCGGCGUAGGAAACUAAACCCCGGCUUCAGCUCAGGAAAAGGAUGAACUGCUGCGUCCGAGCUGGAUUUGAGGCAUCAGGGAGGAUCUAACUACGCCAUGUCGAACGGGGGCGGGGCUCCCAGCAGCUCCACCCACCUGCUGGACUUCCUAGAGGAGCCCAUCCCUGGUGUUGGGACCUACGAUGACUUUCACACCAUCGACUGGGUCCGUGAGAAGUGCAAGGACCGCGAGAGACACCGGAAGAUCAAUAGUAAGAAAAAGGAGUCGGCAUGGGAGUUCACCAAGAGCCUGUACGACGCUUGGUCCGGCUGGCUGGUGGUGACGCUCACUGGCUUGGCAUCAGGUGCUUUGGCUGGCCUGAUUGACAUUGCUGCUGAUUGGAUGAACGACCUGAAGGAGGGCGUGUGUCUGAGCGCCUUGUGGUUCAACCACGAGCAGUGCUGCUGGACGUCCAAUGAGACCACCUUCGCUGAGAGGGACAAGUGUCCUCAGUGGAAGAGCUGGGCUGAGCUAAUACUGGGGCAGGCUGAGGGCCCCGGCUCGUACAUCAUGAACUAUUUUAUGUACAUCUACUGGGCUCUGUCCUUCGCCUUCCUGGCAGUUUGUCUGGUUAAGGUGUUUGCGCCGUACGCCUGCGGCUCAGGGAUCCCAGAGAUCAAGACCAUCCUGAGUGGGUUCAUCAUCCGGGGCUAUCUGGGCAAGUGGACCUUGAUGAUCAAAACCAUCACUCUGGUGCUGGCUGUGGCGUCGGGCCUGAGCCUGGGGAAAGAGGGCCCCCUAGUCCACGUGGCAUGCUGCUGUGGGAACAUCUUCUCCUACCUCUUCCCCAAGUACAGCAAGAACGAGGCCAAGAAACGAGAGGUUCUCUCUGCCGCGUCAGCUGCCGGGGUGUCUGUUGCUUUUGGAGCACCAAUCGGGGGAGUCCUCUUCAGCUUAGAGGAGGUGAGCUACUAUUUCCCUCUAAAGACGUUGUGGCGCUCAUUCUUUGCGGCCCUGGUGGCGGCCUUCGUGCUUCGCUCCAUUAACCCGUUUGGGAACAGCCGCCUGGUGCUGUUCUACGUGGAGUACCACACGCCAUGGUACCUGUUUGAGCUCAUCCCGUUCAUCCUGCUGGGAGUGUUCGGGGGCCUCUGGGGCGCCUUCUUCAUCAAAACCAACAUCGCCUGGUGCCGGCGGCGCAAGUCGACACGUUUCGGCAGGUACCCGGUGUUGGAGGUGAUCCUGGUGGCGGCCAUCACUGCAGUGGUUGCUUUCCCAAACCCUUACACGCGUAAGAACACCAGCGAGCUGAUAAAGGAGCUGUUCACCGACUGCGGUCCGCUGGAGUCUUCGCAGCUCUGUCAGUACCGCAGCCAGAUGAACGGCACCAAAGCCUUCUCUGAUGACCAGCCGGCGGGGCCCGGCGUCUACUCGGCCAUGUGGCAGCUGUGCCUGGCGCUCAUCUUUAAAAUCAUCAUGACUAUAUUCACAUUUGGACUCAAGGUACCGUCGGGUUUGUUCAUCCCCAGCAUGGCCAUCGGGGCGAUCGCGGGGCGGAUUGUUGGCAUUGCCAUGGAGCAGCUUGCAUAUUAUCACCACGACUGGUUCCUGUUCAAAGAGUGGUGCGAAGUCGGAGCUGACUGCAUCACUCCAGGGCUCUACGCUAUGGUGGGAGCUGCAGCGUGCCUGGGUGGAGUGACUCGUAUGACUGUCUCCCUCGUCAUCAUCGUGUUCGAGCUGACCGGCGGGCUGGAGUACAUCGUCCCCCUCAUGGCCGCCGUGAUGACCAGCAAAUGGGUGGGCGAUGCAUUCGGUCGAGAGGGAAUCUACGAGGCCCACAUCCGACUGAACGGAUACCCCUUCCUAGAUUCAAAGGAGGAGUUCACGCACACCACGCUGGCCCGGGAGGUGAUGAGGCCCCGACGCAACGACCCGCCGUUGGCAGUGCUCACGCAGGACGACCUGACUGUGGAGGAGCUGCAGGGCAUUAUCAAUGAAACCAGUUAUAAUGGUUUCCCUGUGAUCGUGUCUAAGGAGUCCCAGAGGCUAGUGGGCUUCGCUCUGCGCAGAGACAUCACAAUCGCUAUAGAGAAUGCACGCCGCAAACAGGAGGGCAUCGUGCUGAACUCAAGGGUGUACUUCACCCAGCAUGCACCCACGCUGCCUGCCGACAGCCCUCGACCCCUCAAGCUUCGCUCCAUCCUGGACAUGAGCCCCUUCACCGUCACUGACCACACCCCCAUGGAGAUCGUGGUGGACAUUUUCAGGAAGCUGGGUCUGCGCCAGUGCCUGGUUACUCACAACGGGAUUGUGUUGGGCAUCAUCACUAAGAAGAAUAUAUUAGAGCAUCUGGAGGAGCUCAAGCAGCACACGCCGCCCCUGGCGGCUUCUUGGUAUUAUCACAAAAAAAGAUAUCCUUCGUCACAUGGCUCAAAUGGCAAAUCAGGAUCCAGAGUCCAUCAUGUUCAACUGAUCCGCUCUUUCCAGGACGGCUGGGGUGGAGGGGGCAACGAGGAGGAGGAGGAGGAAGAGGUGUGCCUCCUGAACGGCUCCAGUCUCUGACACUCGGACCCCGUUUUUGUUUGUUCGUUUUUAGUUUUCAGCUGUAGACCCUGAACCUCACUGACUGACUGACUGAGGCCUCCAGAGACUUUCAGGCCACCCGAGGAAAAGACGAUGACACGAGACUUUGUUCUCAUCGUCCGGCUGCCGAGGACACGAUGAGGUCACGGGUCGAAGGCACGCACACACACAAGGAAUGCACUUUUUACACACACACUUUUGCACUCGCAGACACCUCACUCAUGCAUGCUGUACACACACACACACACACACACACACACA